AUGGGUACCGGCAAGAAGGAGGCUGCCCGCAAGACGCGCCAGGGCAAGGUCGGCGAUGGCAUGGCCAACGUCAAGGUCAAGGGCGAGAACUUCUACAGAGAUGCCAAGAAGGUCAAGAAGCUCAACGUCCUCACAAAAGGAACCGCCCAGCGCAACGCCGCUGGUGACAUCACAAAAGCUGCCGUCUUCCAGUCGCGCGAGAGGCCCUCUGCUCGCAUCGAGCCCAACCGCAAGUGGUUCACCAACACUCGUGUCAUCUCUCAGGAUGCCCUCUCCGCUUUCCGCGGCGCCGUCCAGGCCCAGCAGAACGAUCCUUACUCAUACCUGCUCAAGCAAAACAAGCUGCCCAUGAGCUUGAUUAAGGAUGAUGAGACCAAGAAGAACGGCUUGAAGCAGCACCAGGCAAAGAUUGCCGUCGAAACUGCGCCUUUCUCCGAUACCUUUGGCCCCAAGGCUCAGCGCAAGCGUCCUAAGCUUGCCGUCAGCUCUCUUCUCGAUCUCGCCGGCGAAUCCGACAAGAUGCACGAGACAUACAUCGACCGUCUUGAGCAGGCUCGUCUUGCUAGCGGACAGCCCGCCGAUGACGGCCAAGAGACAGAGGCUGACGGCGCCUUGACCGCCGCAAGGGAGGCCAUCUUCUCAAAAGGUCAGAGCAAGCGUAUCUGGAACGAGCUUUACAAGGUCAUCGACUCCAGUGAUGUUGUCAUUCAUGUUCUGGACGCAAGAGAUCCCCUCGGUACCCGCUGCCGAAGUGUCGAGAAAUACAUCCGCGAGGAGGCUCCUCACAAGCAUCUCCUGUUCGUUCUCAACAAGUGCGACUUGAUUCCCACCAGCGUUGCUCAUCAGGCCAAUUGGGUUCGUCUUCUCGGCAAGGAAUACCCUACUCUUGCUUUCCAUGCGUCCAUCAACAACUCGUUCGGCAAAGGAUCCCUGAUCUCUCUCCUCCGCCAGUUCUCUGCCUUGCACUCCUCUCGCAAGCAGAUCUCGGUCGGGUUCAUCGGAUACCCCAACACCGGCAAGUCCUCGAUCAUCAACACUCUUCGCAAGAAGAAGGUCUGCAAUGUUGCUCCCAUUCCUGGCGAGACCAAGGUUUGGCAGUACAUCACCUUGAUGAAGCGUAUUUACCUCAUCGACUGUCCUGGUGUCGUUCCCCCAAACAUGGGUGAUACCGAUGAGGAUAUUCUUCUUCGUGGUGUCGUUCGUAUCGAGAACGUCGAAAACCCUGAACAAUAUGUUGCUGCUGCUUUGAGAAAGUGCAAGAGACACCACGUCGAGAGGACUUAUGAUGUGCGCGAUUGGGAAACACCCACUGAAUUCCUCGAGCUUCUUGCUCGUAAGGGCGGCAAACUGCUGAAGGGUGGCGAGGCCGACAUGGAUGGCGUUGCCAAGAUGGUCCUCAACGACUUCCUUCGCGGCAAAAUUCCCUGGUUCACUCCUCCACCUGCAUCCGCAGCUGCAUGGAGUGCAGCUGAGGAGGCAAAGGCUGAGCUUCUGACUGAAAUCAUCAAGAAGAGAAAGCGUGGUGAUGCUGACGAAGGUCGCGAAGUCGAGGAAGAGGAUGACGAAGAGGAAGAAUUCGCAAGCUUCACCAGCGACGAGGACGCAGACGAAGACCAGGAGUCGGUUGAAGACCAAGAGUCAGCCGAUGAGGGUGUUGCCGUUGAGGCGACCGAGGAAGGUUGA